AUGCAACCGCAGCCCUCCUGGACCGAGCGGCCCAGGCCCACACAAAACCCCUCUGGCUCCAGAUGGCCCGCCUCAACCCGCCACCAGCCGGACCCCCGCUGCGCGCCGCACGCCUGGCGGUACGCCCAGAUCCGGCCCGGCCUGCUCGAGGCGGGCGACCUGGCCCCGGGGUCCCGGGCGGAGCGCCGCGUGCUGAUGCUCGCCAACCCGUCGCGCGACCCGCCCUUCACGGCCGACACGCUGUACGAGGGGCUGCAGCUCGUCAUGGCGGGCGACACGGCGCGCGCGCGCACCGGCACACGGCGUUUGCUAUGCGGUUCAUCGCGCAUCACGAUGCGGCGGGGGGACGUUAUCGUCACGCCGAGGUGGAACUGGCAUGACCACGGCAAGGACGGGUCCGGGCCUAUGGUCUGGCUUGAUGGGCUUGACCUGCCUUGCUUCCAGCACCUUCCGGUGCAUUUCGUGGGGCACUUUGCCGCGCCGAGAUACCCGGCCGAGGACGUCGACUCGGCCUCUUCGCCGCUGGUGUUCCCUUGGUCGGGGAUGAAGACGAGGCUUGAUGGUGCCCCGGGGGACUGGGCUGAGCUGCGGUACUUGAAGGGCGAUGGCUCGGAAGUGAGCAAGACCCUGGGAGGGGCUGCAGCCCGUAUCAACGCAGGCAGGGCGAGCCCAAUUGUGCAGGAGACGGCAUCCUCUGUCUACCACGUGGUAGAAGGUUCGGGAUACACCACGAUCGGUGGCAGGGUAUUCAACUGGGAGAAGGGAGACACCUUCUGCAUCCCCUCUUGGUACCCGUACCAGCAUUUUGCGAGUGGCAGCAGUGACGGGGCGCCAGCUUGA